AUGCUGUGUAGAACGAAGAAUUUCUCCUUUAUUUUCUUAACAUUUUUCGUUUUCUCGACGAUCGGAGAUGAAUUCUUCGAUGCAAACGAUCUCGACUGGUCAGUUCGUCCCACAGAUGACUUUUUCACAUUCGUUAAUGGCAUUUCUUUAAACCGAACGACUAUUCCAUUGUCGAAAACUGAAAUCGGCAGUGUUUUUACUAUCACCCUCAAUGUCUCUCAACAGUUGAAAAGCAUUUUGGACGAUUUAACGAACAAUGGAACAUCUGAAGCGCCACAUCCUGUCGAUUCAGUCCAACGUAAAUUAGGCGAUCUGUAUUUAGCAGGUACUGAUAAAAAAACUAUCGAAACGGUCGGUAUUAAACCAUUAGAAGAAAUAUUACUCCAACUUGAUAAUGUUAAAACAUCGGAAGAAUUGAUCGAUUUCGUUACAAACUGCUUUAAAAAAAUGAAUAAAGAUAUUUUAUUCGACUUCGAUGUUUAUCCAGACGAAAGAAAUACGUCGGUAUUUGUCCCUCUUUGGAAACAAAGUGGUCUUAUUCUACCCGAACGUGAUUACUACUUUCGUAAUGAUCCAUUUUCAAAAAAUAUUCGAUUGCUUUAUCGAGAUUAUAUUCAUCAAUUGUUCAAUUUGACAAACCACCUUUUCAAAAGUCGAACUACUCUCAUCGAUGCAGAGGAUGUCUUAACAUUAGAAACUCAAUUAGCUGUUUCACAUUACACACCAGCUCAAUUACGCAUUCCAGCCAAGAAUUACAACAAACUCACAAUCGAUCAACUCGAACAAAUGAUGCCAAAUCUUGGUUGGCGUCGUAUUCUCAAAAUUUUACAAGUUCACAACGAUACAGUCGUGGUCGCUCAAUUGGAUUAUUAUCAAUCAUUGGACAAACUACUUGUUAGUCAACAAUUAAACAUAUGGAAGAAUAAAAUCCGUUUUUCAAUCUUGCAUUAUAUGGCUCCAUAUCUGAGCAAGGACUUUUCCAAUGCUCGGUAUCAUAUGCUUCAAUAUUCUCUUUAUGGUCGACAACAGAAAGCUGCGCAAUGGACGGUGAUUAUCGAUGAUAUAAAUGAAAAUUGUGGAGAUUUAUUAGGGCAAUUGUAUGUCUAUCGUCACUUUUCAGUCGAAGCGAAAGAACGUAUGUUGAAUUUAACACAACACAUCAUCGAUGUGUACCGGAAUCGUCUUAGUCGAAAUAAGUGGAUGAAUAAGAAAACGAGAGAGAAGGCUUUGACAAAAUUGAGUAAAAUGACGAAGAAAAUCGGUUAUCCAUCAACAUGGAAAACUUAUCCAAACAUUGAAAUUAAUCGAUGGUCUUAUGUUGAAUCCAUGUUAAGUAUUUUCGGAAAUACUUUUCAAGAAAAAAUCAAAUAUUUAUCCCGACCAGUCGAUAAAACCGAGUGGGUCAUCCCGGCACAAGUCGCCAACUGUUUUUAUUUUCCCACAGUAAAUGAUAUUGUUUUUCCAGCGGGUAUCCUACAAGAGCCACUUUUUAUGUUACAUGCGGACGAUGCGAUCAAUUACGGUUCGGUUGGAAGUCUUAUCGGACACGAAAUUACACAUGGAUUCGACGAUCAAGGUCGAAACUAUGAUGAAAAUGGCAUUUUGAAUCCAUGGUGGACACCGGAAGAUUUUCGUGAGUUUCAAAAGCGCACACAGAUUCUUGUCGAACAAUUCAAUGAGUACAAAGUAUUCGGCUUGAAUGUCAAUGGACAUUUAUCUCUGGGAGAAAACAUCGCAGAUUUAGGUGGAGUUGAGAUCGCUUAUGAAGCAUUUUUACAAACUGAUCAAGCAAAAGAAGGAAAGUUGAUUGAUGGUUUUACACCCAUCGAACGAUUCUUCUUCUCAUUCGCAAGAAUGUCAAGAAUUAAAUUUACGGACGCAAAACUUAUAUCAAUAUUGAAGAUCGAUCCUCAUGCACCACCAAUCGAUCGAGUUAAUGGACCAUUAGGAAAUAUGAUGGGCUUUUAUCAAACUUUUAAUGUCACACAAAAUGAUAAAAUGUUUCGAGCACAAUCGAAACGUGUUCAUAUCUGGUGA